AUGGCGCUGCAGAAUCAAAGAAAGGCGAACGUAAGUUUUAACCCGAUCUUUUGCACGUUAGAAAACUUAGAAUAUAUAUGCCCUCCAUUAAACGUCUUUCUUUUACUCUGUAUCAUUCUUUGUUUUCUUUUCAAGUAUUUCUUAUCGAUUUUUGAUAAUGACGUUCGACAUGCGGUUGCUGACAAAUGGCAUGGUUGGUACAUUUGCGUUGUUCCUUGACCGUAUUUUUGUCUUAUUUUAGGUCCGAUUGCCCCCAGAAGUGAACAGAAUAUUAUAUGUAAGGUAAGAAUCUAAAGAUUUAUCAUCAUACUCCUUCUAGUCCCUGCUGUAGCUGUGGUGUUGCUAUGCAGUAAUACCAGAAACUCAUAAGGGGUUGAAACGUGUAACUCUCAUAUGUUUGCUUUGUCCGAUGCUCGUGAUUAUUCAUUUUAGAAAGUACCAUAUUUGGAACGAGAAGAAGAGAUAACUGACCAAUCAAACUUCGUAAACAACGUGACGUAAUUUUCCUUCAGGUUCCCGCGCCCGCUUAAAAAAAUGGCCGACAAACGGGAGAAAAACUCCCGAAAGCCGAGAAAGCUUUCAAAGGUUAAAACCAGGAAUAUUACUGAAACACUGAGCAGGAUAUUAUUGCCUUACCACCCGGGCCAAACGUAACAUUAUGAAACCUAUUGACGGCCUCGCAACUUCUUGAAGUUGUCACUUCAAAAUACGAUGCCUCGUUGACCCUCUGCACAGUAAACUUAUACUGCAAAUAGGCUUUUAAAAUUCUUAUGUUAAAAGUCAAGAAUAAACAGUGAAAAAUAUUUUCGAAUAAAAUUCAUUAGCUGCUUAUCGAAAAGUGUCCAAAACCUGAACCUGACAUCUUCGCAAAAAGUGAUGCUUGUAAUGAAUGUGAGAAGCAUUUUAAAAGCUUAAAUUAAACUUAGAUGUUGUAGUCACGAUCGUGUUUGAGCUAAUUUUAUGAAUGAACAAACUCAAAACAAUAGACAGAGAAGCCGUUUCUUGAAAAUUUUUAUUCAAAGUCCAAAAAGUUAAUCCUUUAAAGCAAUUCGGAAAACACUAUCUGGAUCGUGGAUCCGUUCACUCAAGUGAAAUCGGCUAAGCACAUGGCAAAAUUCAACUCAAAAUCCAUCUCAAUUAAUAGGGGCACAUUUUAUAUUUUUUCUUAGCGCCGAAGAGAAAAAUUUAUAAAACGUCUAUGAAACAUUUAAAAAUACAUAAAUUCCCUUUCAAAAACGUAAUUGUCUUGGCCAUAGAGUGCAAAAUGUACCUGAAAAUUCAGCAAAAACUUUGCUGACUUGGUUACAUUUCAAAACAGACCAUGGGCUCCGCCGUAAAGAAAACAAGGUUGAAUUCCUCGAAGGACGAUUUCUUGAUGAAAAGCUUCCCUUUCUCCACAAAAAGAAAGCUGAGCAUCCUUUUGAACGUUCUCUUUCCAUUUUUUGUCUUUUAACGGUGUAUUUUUAACCUUGAAAUGCAGAACUCUUGUCUUAAAACAUCUGCAUGGUGAUCACGCAGUAGCCAUUUUGUUGAAAAUGGGUAUCCGUCACUAAGGUUUCCAAAUAUGGUCAAAACGAAUAUUCACGAGCAUUGAACGCGAGUUACACGUUUCAACCCCUUAUGGGUUUCUGGUAAAACUCAAUUGACACUCUCUAAUCGCGUGUUCAUGCUUUCGUUGUCACCGUCGUACUUCGUGUAAAAUCACCAAGCUUUUAAUAAUUCUUUAAAAGAAUUCCAAAUGUGCAGUUCGUUUCUUGCAUUAAAGAUUAUUUGUAAUGUAAUAUGUUCUGAAAUAAACCAGUGAGCACUGUGUUCUAUUACUUUUUCGAUGGUUUAAUUACGACUAAUUUGCUGAAUCCUGUAUGAUUUGGAAGAUCUUGCUACUAUGUAAAAGUCAUUAGUACUAAGUAUGUUAAGUUUAAGAUGGCUUCCCAGCAUUGUUAUGGUUUUGUAUUUUGAGGGUGGCAUGUUCAUUUUUGUCUGGCCCAGUUAAAACAGAACCUAAUAAUAUUGCAUUUUGUGGUAAAAACGAAAGGGAAGCCAGACCAAAGAAGGCGGGUUAAAGUAGCUAGUUUAACAGAAUCAUCUGCUCAAGUUUUGAUGUACUGGAUUAAUGAUAUUUGGUAUGGUUCAUGUAAAGCUCAGCAUCUUAAGUAAACCUAACAGUCUUUUAACCUUAGAAAUAUCACUGCCACAAACAGGCUCAGGUUCUCUCUCCUUUGUUAUUUUGAAGGUGAUGUCAAUUGUCCCUGCAAAAUGUGCAAGGAUGCCAGAUACUGUAUUUACCCUUGUGUAAUGUGCACCAAUUACAAUUCAACUAACGUUUCUUUCUCUCUACAGAAAUCUACCUUACAAGAUCACAACAGAAGAAAUGUAUGACAUUUUUGGCAAAUAUGGAGGCAUCAGACAAAUUAGAAUGUAAGCUUAUGUACAUGUAUUAUUUGCAGUAGGUAUUCCUUUAAAAGGGCUACACGUAUGUCAUGCUUUGGAUAGAUAUGGAUUGAUACAAUUUAAGAUGAAAUCCAUUAGGAAAUUGAGUAAUUGUAAUUUUCAGUGGGCAAAAACCUUGUACUGGGAUAUUAUAUUUCUUUUUUAGACUUUUCAAGGACUAUAGAUAUGAUGAGUUGUCUAUAAUAACACCAAAGACAAUUUCUCAUGGGAGCCCGACAAAAAUAAUGUCAAAUUUCACGAGAACUGUGAAAACACAGGUAAAAUUCUAAAAAUUUCAUGUGUAAGAUGUCAUUUUGUGAAAUUUGACAUUUAUUUUCUGAGGCUCCCAUUAGAAAUACUCUUGGUUGGCAUCCAUAUUCACUUUCUUGCUGCCCUGUUAGUAAGACCAUUUUGAAACUGCUAAUUUUGAGGUACAGCUAUAACUUGAAUUUCUACUCUUAAAUUACAGUGGUAAUGCACCAGAAACAAGAGGCACAGCAUUUGUAGUGUAUGAAGAUAUCUUUGAUGCCAAGAAUGCUUGUGAUCAUCUGUCAGGCUUCAAUGUCUGCAAUCGCUACCUUGUCGUACUCUACUACCAAUCUACCAAGGUAAAGUAGACUAACAACAUUAUUUGUCUAAGGCAGGGCUGUCACUUAGACAGUAUGACUCCUGGCAUCUUUCAUUGGAAAUGAAAGGACAAUAGAACCAAAAUAAUAUUAUUUUCUAGCUGAUCAAACAUAACUAUUUUGCAAGUCCCUUGGCCUUUCUUCAUAUCAAGGUUCUACUGUACUUUAGUCAAAUCCAAUGUUUAUUAUUUAUUUCUUUUUUAUUCAGGCUUUCCAAAAAUUGGACAAGGAAAAGAAGAGACAGGAAUUGGAGAAAAUGAAAGAAAAAUAUGGAAUCAACAAGGACAAGUAACACCAUUAGGAAGGAGAAUACCAGAAAAUGUCUUAUUUAUAAACAGCAUUUUUAUACCAGGGACCUUUUUUUUCGAAAGUCAGUAAUUUAUGUACAUUGUAGCACAUAGUACAAACAACAUUCAGAAAGAGGAAGUAUAGGUUGUAGCCCAGUUAUGUUGCAGUACUUUGUUAAUGUUCCUCAAAUGUUUUGUUACAUGUAGUUAUCUAUAGCUGUGGAAAGUAGUUGACAAAUAUCUCUUGACGGUGUACAGCAUGGCAAUUUGAAUGCACUCCAUAACACUCUAGUUAUCUUUGUUUUAGUUCAAUCAAAAUUGUAAAUGCUAAUUUGGUUUAAAUGUAGCUUGUGUUUCUUGCCAAAUAAAAAUCUGAAUGUCACAGAACAGGGCGACUACUGUAACCAGUGUUCUAGAUGAGAGACGGCUCUCGGGUCAAUGACCCGGCAGAGAAGGCUUCCUGGCCCGACAGAUGACACAUAAGUGUUAAGUUAAAUACAACAAAAAAAUUAGGACAUGGUCGUGGUGACCCCUCAGAUGGUCUACAUGA